AUGACUGAGCAGAGCAACGCGCACCUGAACGGUGCCGCCGCCGGUAAUGGCAACGGCGGCGGCAUGGACACCCACGCUACGGCCCAGCAGCUUAAGCAGCAGGCAAACGGCGACAUCGACGAGAGCCUGUACUCCAGGCAGCUGUACGUUCUUGGUCAUGAGGCGAUGAAGCGUAUGGGCUCGUCGAACGUGCUGGUCAGCGGUAUGCGCGGGCUGGGCGUGGAGAUUGCGAAGAACAUUGCGUUGGCGGGCGUGAAGAGCUUGACGCUGUUCGACCCCAAGCCGGCGGCGAUAGAAGACCUGAGCUCGCAGUUCUUCCUGCACCCGGAGGACGUGGGCAAGGGGAGAGCAGAUGUCACGGCGCCGCGGGUCAGCGAGCUGAACCCGUACACGCCGGUGAAUGUGCACAAGGGAAAGAGCUUGACGGGGGAUCUGGAGGCGUUGAAGCAGUAUCAGGUGGUGGUGUUGACGGAUACGGCGUUGAAGGAUCAGAUCACCAUUUCGGAUUACUGUCAUCAGAAUGGGAUCUAUGUGGUGAUUACGGAUACGUAUGGGCUGUUUGGAUUCUUGUUCACGGACUUCGGGAAGAACUUCACAUGCGGCGAUCCUACCGGCGAGAACCCACUCAGCGGUAUCGUGGCAGGUGUCGACUCGGAUGGGCUGGUGUCGGCACUGGAUGAGACACGGCAUGGGCUAGAAGAUGGGGACUUCGUUACAUUCUCAGAAGUGGAGGGCAUGGAGGGUCUCAACGAUGGGAACCCGCGCAAGAUCACUGUGAAGGGACCAUACACAUUCUCCAUCGGCGACGUGUCAGGGCUCGGACAGUACAAGCGAGGAGGACUGUACACACAGGUCAAGAUGCCGAAGAUCAUGGACUUUGAGCCUUUCAGCAAGCAGUUGAAGCAGCCGGAGCAGUUGAUCUCGGACUUUGCCAAGUUCGACCGGCCAGGGCAGUUGCAUGUGGGUGUACAGGCGCUGCAUGCGUUUGCGGAGAAGGAGGGCAGCUUCCCACGGCCACACAGCGAUGCGGAUGCGGCGGAGGUCAUGAAGCUGGCGCAGGACAUCGCGAAGGAGAGUGGAGAAGAGGUUGAGCUGGACGAGAAGAUCAUCAAGGAGCUGUCGUAUCAGGCUCGCGGAGAUUUGUCGCCGAUGGCAGCGUUCUUCGGUGGUCUGGCCGCUCAGGAGGUGCUGAAGUCUGUCUCUGGCAAGUUUCACCCUGUCAAGCAGUGGCUCUACUUCGACUCGCUUGAGUCGCUACCAACUUCCACCACUCGCAGCGAAGAGCAGUGCAAGCCGCUCGGCACACGAUACGAUGGGCAGAUCGCGGUGUUUGGGAAGGAGUACCAGGACAAGCUAAGCAACGUGCAGCAGUUCUUGGUCGGCGCAGGUGCGAUCGGAUGCGAGAUGCUGAAGAACUGGGCUAUGAUCGGACUGGCGACUGGUCCCAAAGGCAAGAUCAGCGUCACCGACAUGGACCAGAUCGAGAGGAGCAAUCUCAACCGGCAGUUCUUGUUCCGUCCCAAGGAUGUUGGCGAGCUGAAGAGCGAAUGCGCUUCGAAAGCAGUCCAGGCCAUGAACCCGGACCUCAACGGCCACAUCAACAUGCUUAAGGAUCGUGUGUCGCAGGAGACGGAGGAGAUCUUCAACGAAGAUUUCUGGGAGUCUCUUGAUGGUGUUACGAACGCUCUGGACAAUGUGGAUGCCAGGACAUACGUCGACAGGAGAUGUGUGUUCUUCCGCAAGCCUCUGCUAGACAGCGGAACGCUCGGUACAAAAGGCAACACGCAGGUUGUGCUGCCGCGUGAGACGGAAUCGUACUCCAGCUCGCAGGACCCUCCUGAGCAGUCGUUCCCAAUGUGUACUCUCCGCUCCUUCCCGAACCGCAUCGAGCACACCAUCGCGUGGGCCAAGGACCUCUUCCACACCUACUUCGCGGGUCCGCCUGAGAUCGUCAACACCUACCUCACUCAGAAGGACUAUCUUGGCAGCGCACUCAAGCAGUCCGGCAACGAGAAGCAGACGCUGGAGACUCUGCGCGACUUCCUCGUCACAGAGAAGCCGGAAUCGUUCGAAGACUGUGUCAAAUGGGCGCGCAUGCAGUUCGAGAAGCAGUACAACAACGCCAUCCAGCAACUCCUCUACAACUUCCCGAAGGACUCUCAGACUUCCUCCGGUCAGCCCUUCUGGUCCGGACCCAAGCGUGCCCCUGAUGCGCUUACCUUCGACCCCAACAACUCCACUCACUACACUUUCGUCCUCGCCGCCGCCAACCUCCACGCCUUCAACUACGGCAUCAAGCCAACCACCGACCGCAGCCGAAUCACCAACAUUCUGGACAACAUGAUGGUGCCCGACUUCAAGCCCGAUGCGAACGUCAAGAUCCAAGCCGACGACAAAGAGCCCGACCCCAACGCCAACGGCCCCGCGGACGACGAGUCCCAACUCGAAACCAUCGCCCAAUCCCUCCCGCAACCCAAGACCCUCGGCUCCUUCCGCCUCACGCCCGUCGAGUUCGAAAAAGACGACGACACAAACUUCCACAUCGACUUCAUCACCGCCGCCUCCAACCUACGCGCGGAGAACUACAAGAUCGCGACCGCGGACCGGCACAAGACCAAAUUCAUCGCCGGCAAGAUCAUCCCCGCCAUCGCGACCACCACCGCCCUCGUCACGGGCUUGGUGGUGCUGGAGCUGUACAAGAUCAUCGACGGCAAGACGGACAUUGAGCAGUACAAGAACGGCUUCGUCAACCUAGCGCUGCCGUUCUUUGGCUUCAGUGAGCCGAUUGCGAGUCCGAAGGGCACGUAUCAGGGGCCGGACGGGGAGGUGGUGAUUGAUAAGUUGUGGGAUCGGUUUGAGACGGAGGAUGUGACGUUGCAGCAGUUCAUUGACGAUUUCGCGAAAAAGGGGCUUACCAUCUCGAUGAUUAGUUCGGGGGUGAGUUUGCUGUACGCGAGCUUCUACCCUGCGGCGAGGAAUAAGGAUCGCUUGCCGAUGAAGAUGUCCGAGCUCGUCGAGCACAUCUCCCGCAAGAACAUCCCGGCGCACCAGAAGAAUGUGAUUCUGGAGAUUACGUGCGAGGACGCGACGGAGGAGGAUAUCGAGGUGCCGUAUGUGAUGCUGAAGCUGGGGAAGUAG